UUUGACGACAUCAAUGUUUUGAUAAGCAUAACUAUCAAACAUUACUUUUACAGUUUUAUUGCUGAGUAAUUCUGAUUGGUAAAGAAAGAGGAAGUUACAAAUUCCUGCAGACAUUUACAUUUGAACUUUGUCUCCAUACCAUGUCCAUAUAUACUAAUACAAAGAACAUGUUAACAAAGAAAGAAGCGAUCAGAUUCCUCGAAGAUUCUUGGCAAAUGAAAGAUGUGGCAGAAGACAUCCAGAAUAAUCGUGAAAAAUUUCUGAACAAACUGAUUGUAACCAUUCAUGAGAGGGUGCCAUUUCAUCUUUUAUUUGUACGAAAUCUUGCAUUCAUACCUCCAGAAACACGAAAGCUGCCCACAUUAGAUGAAGGUGAUCACAUUUGUGUGUCAGGGGAUGGGGGCAAUUGCACAGUUAUCAAUUUGUUUACUUCACGACUACUAACAGCUCUGGGAUUUUCUAACCUUGUUUGCCCAGCAUGUUUAACAAACAGUUCUCUUAAUUUCCAUGCAAUUGUGAUUGUAAAAGAUCUCAUUAAUGCAGGUGACCAUCAUCUUGUUGACUGUGGUUUGGGCUUGCCUUCAUUUGAAGCAAUCCCAUUAAAUUUUAACAAGGAGUCACCUAUUUACCAGAAUUCAUAUCUUGAAUACAAGUUUAUCAAACAUGAUGGUAAAAUUCUUCGCAUGCAUGGUAAAGGAGAUCUGAUGGCCCGUAAUGAUCCACCAAAAGAGGUUGAUUUCAUUCAAGGAAAAUGGAGAAGAUUCUUUGAAUUUAAAAUGGAAGAUAUGACAGAUUGCCAAACCUUUACAGAUUCGCUUCCUCAGGUUUUAUCUCGUUUCCUUCACAAGGUUGACCCACGUGUAUCCAGAUUUCCAGGUGGCAAAACUAUUAUGGUAUUUGGUGAUAUUUUGUAUGUUGAAAAAGAAGACAAGACACUGAAAAAGAUUGUUCUGAAAUCAAAAGCAGAGAUAUUUCAAGCAUUUGAGGAUUAUUUCCCCAGCAUAAACAAAGAACUAAUCAAGCAAGCUUAUUCAACAUGGCACAAGUCAAAAUUAUGAGGACAGACAUUAUUCUAGACUAUCAUAAAUUGUUGUUAACUGACAGUAUUCAACAACAAGUAUAACCAUAAGGAAUUAGAACAAAUAAAUAUGUUGUAGGACACAUCUUUCAGUUUGCCAAAGAGAUUGAGUAAUGUAUGUUUCAUAUAAGACCAUAUAUUUGUGGAAAAACAAACACAAGGCCCACUGAGAAACAUGUUCAUCUGCCACAAAAACCACAACAGAACUGUUCAUGGUAAUUCUAGAUCAGUCUGUUAUACAGGUAUGUGGUGGAUGUUGGACAAGCUAAUUUUACCAUAAUUUUUAUUGAUUUAUACAAAAUAAGACUGAGAUUUAAA